AUUUAUGAUAAAACGAGCUCAGGGGAGAAACCGGUUUGGAAUGAAGAACUUCAAGAAGCGAUGGUUCCGCCUCACCAACCACGAGUUCACCUACCACAAAACAAAAGGAGAGGGCGCUCUGUGCAGCAUUCCUAUAGAAAACAUCUUGGCUGUGGAGCGGCUGGAGGAGGAGUCCUUCAAGAUGAAAAAUAUGUUCCAGGUCAUCCAGCCAGAGCGAGCGCUCUACAUCCAGGCCAACAACUGCGUGGAGGCGCGCGACUGGAUCGACAUCCUGACCAAAGUCAGCCAGUGCAACCGCAAACGCCUGAGCACCUACCACCCUUCAGCCUACCUCAACGGACACUGGCUCUGCUGCAAGCUGUCAGCCGACACGGCUCCAGGCUGCACGCCCUGUACCGGGGGCCUCCCAGCAAACAUCCAGCUGGACGUGGACGGAGACAGAGAGACCGAGAGGAUUUACUCCCUCUUCAGCACAUACAUGACCAAACUGAUCAAGAUGCAAGAGGCGUGCGGCAGUAAGUCCGUGUAUGACGGGCCUGAACAGGAGGAGUACUCCAACUUCGUCAUCGACGACCCGCAGGAGACGUACAAGUCCCUGAAGCAGAUCAUCGCAGCUGUGCAGGCGCUGGAGCAGCAGCACACCAAGUACAAACGGGACAAGUUCAAGAAGGCCAAGAUCGGCAGCCAGGAGCAUCCGAUCGGAGACAAGAGCUUUCAGUGCUACAUCCGCCAGCAGUCGGAGAGCUCCACCUACUCCAUCUAACCUCUUCACUGCCUCUGUUACGUUCACA